ACCUCAAUUCUUGUCUCCGGUGCUUUUGUAAGCCCAUCGCUGAAGAUUCUGCAAGACUGUCGUCAGAUCCGAUUCGACUACAGUACGUGUUUCUCUCUUCUAUGACGUCUCCGUAGUUACCGGCGAGGAUUGGCUAAACCCUGUGUCACCCGUGCCACGGCGACCUUCGAUUUGUGUGCUGGUGGCGUCGAUGAACGUUUUCUGUUUUGGCUUUCUCUAGGCUCACGACAUUGUUUCGAAAACCCCUUCUUGGAAAUGAACUGGGAGACUCUCCGUCGCUGUUUGUUUACCGUUUCUCUCCCUGCACUUCGGAUACUACCACCACCCUUAUAGAGUACGACUUCCCCCGCAAGACCCAUUACCACAGUCGGGGGUCACUGCUCGUUUUUAAGUGAUGCCGAAGAACUAGUCUUUCGCACAAGUUGGAAGUCUAAGAACGGAGGCAAUGGCAGAAAACGGACUGUCUUCUAGGGCGUUUAUCUUCAUUUGAUACGCCUGCACUAGUAGGGACGGAGACGCUCGGCCGUUGGCAGCUGUCCCUCGGUCAGUUGGCGCAUGGUUUGUUCUCUCCCUACUGUCUGUGUUCCAUGACUUUCAUUGCCUGACUGUUGUGCCUGUAAAGCUUCCCCUGUGAAAGAAUGGGAGGGAAGUCGCCCCCAGUGCCGGAGGCAGCCGGUGUGGGCCGUUGGACAGAUGGUGCUUCUUUUCUAGUCUGUGUCAAAUCCGGGUUGUUUUCGUUGCGCACCGUUCUUCCUCUCGUUACCAUUUUUUUCUGUUUGCCUUCUGAGACGCCUUUCUCCAGUCCAGCCCUCUCGAGCUUUUCUGCUGGGUCUUUCUCUCGACCCGAUGGCGUGUACGGAGAACCACCACUUGCCUUGCCUGCGACUUUAGCGGCAGUUGCGUCUGCGACCUCCCCAGAACAUUCGACCACGGAUGAAUCCGAAACGACCAUUGAGAAACGGGGUAAAGGAGCUCCGGCGCCAGGCCACUCCGAAGGGAGAACGCGGGGCGCGUCGAGCUCCUCGGUCCCCAGCACCCAGGCAAAGCAAAAAGGAAAUGCUACGCAGCAAGGACCGCCACAUGAAACACCAGAGCAAGACUCGUCCCUGAGCGUGGCGGGGAGAGGGAUGGAGAUCAGCCAGACGUCGAAACAUUCUGCUUCGCGUACUCUUUCGCGGGAUGCGCGGCUCCCUCUGCCUAGCCAGCUCAGUUUCCAUGGUUGGCUUUCGUCGGCUCUAGACAAUAGUGGAGAGCAGCUGUGGGGGUCCUGGAACGGUGGCUCCUCUGAGAUGAAGAAGGGCGCACGGACCGCGCGACCGUCUGCCCCUGGAAAGGCGAAGCCUGCGUUUCCUCGUUUGAUAUCCGCCGUGUCUUCUGGACUCCAGGAGACGAGCCCGGAGACGCACCAGGACAGUCUCCAGCAGGAAGCGUCGAGCGAUACGUCCCAGUUGCUGACGAGCCUCAAGUCCGGUCUGCCGCAGAGCGCAGCGCCUACUGGGAGCGAACGGGAUGGCUCUUUCGGAAGCGUAACCGAACCGGAGGUCGACGCUGCGGAGGGGUGGGAGCUCGAGAGCCAAGCUGAAGCUGUGGAAAAGGUGGAGGCAUCUUUGCAGAAGAGAGUUUCGAAACUCACCGGCGACAUCGACUGGCUUCAGAAACAACUUGACGGCGUUGUAGGCGACAUGCAAAUGUACCGGUCUGCGCUUGUCGAUUUACGUCCGCAACGCAGCGUCGAGGCGUUUGAACAGAUCGCCGCCGGAGGCCGGAAUUUCCCUCACAGAACUUUUCUGGAGCAGCUGGAGAAUGCCGUCAACGUUAUGGACUCUCGCAUUUCUACGUUCGUUCGCACGAACAGCACGCUCUUCGAGAGUCAGCUCAGAGAAGCUGUGAAUCAGAGGUUGACGCCGCUUCGGAGGGACGUAGUCGACCUCUCGUUUGCCAUGUUGAACGCGUCGGACACGUCAGUCGCCCUGGCCAGCGAGCUGGAUGACAUCUCCAGGGGUGUCAAUGUCACCAUUGACCGCCAUGUCGCUGAUGUAGAGCUCUUCAAGGAUCGACGUGAAGCCGUCUACGAAGAAGACAUACGGCAAGAAGAGUACCGCAUCAGGGCUCGCCUCGAAGAGCUGAAACAGUCGGAGCAAAGCCGCAUCAACCGGUCCAGUCUGGAAGAACAAAUUCUGUCGGCGGCGGUGGCCGACGCGGUGCAUGAAAUGGAGAGACGCGGCGUGGGGGUCCUCGACGUCAGUACAGUCUAUCCUAACAGCGAGGCAAAGAAGGUUCUCGAGCUUCUCCUCUACAUGGUGGCUAAGCAGCAAGACCCAUCGUGGGAAGUGCUUCCGAUCGUGCUCGUGACUGCCCCUCCGCCUCCACUCCCCGUACAGCCGCGCCCGAUCAGCGACUUGCUGGUGACUACGGUCGCAGGAUCGCAUUCGGGCCACGAAGAGGCGACGCGACGAGGCGGCGGAGACAAUGAAACCGAGUUGGACGAUGCUGGACGAGGCGCGUCGCUUUUGAGAGGCGAGUUGAGUGAGUCUUCCCGGUCGGCCACAUCCUUCCACUCGUCGGAAGAAGACCGGGGAAAAAACGAGAGUGGAGAUGAGGACAUGAGGAACGGCAGUUUAGACGAAGCCAGGAGGUACGCAGCGGAACCGGACUGGGUAAAGGACGGAGACGAGACCGACACGGCUGACCUGCAGAGAGGGGCUGAGGACUCAGGGAGCAGCGUCGAGAACCGCAGGAGAGCGAACAAGAAGCCUUUGCACGAACAGAGGGUGCGAGACGGGGACAAGAAGCCGGAAGUCGCAGACGACGCCCGCGAACCCGAAGGGGAGUCGCCAGCGGGCGAGGGGGAAUCGCGGCAGCUGUUGAGGCGCGGUCACGGAAAACAGAAGAGCCCCAGACGCGAGAAACGCGGGAAGAAGAAAGGAGUUGCCGACGCCGGUGAGGGCAUGGAGGAGAAACCUGGGGACAUCCAGCGAGGCGGGGACGGGAGGCAAGAUCCAGAGCGCGAGGAGCGUUCGAGGAAAGUGCCUGAGCGCCGCCGAUCGUUCUUUGGCAACUUGUUCGGACGCGCGAAGCGGCGUCUCCAGAGAGAGCAGAAGAACCACCCAGCUCACGAGCGCGAGGCGGAGAUCUGGCAUGCGCAGAAGGCAACAACGGCGAGGGCUCAGGGAAACCGGGAGACUUUCGGAGACUGGGGCAUGAAGCUGAUCUACUCGUACGAAGGCGCGAGUCAGCCCGUCGAGCCGGAGGAGUGGACGAACGCGACGCAAAUGCUCCCGCCCUGGGUCAUCCGAGACGCGGCUGUCGACGACCGCCCCCUGUAUGCUCUCGUGCCUCCGCUGGCGACGCUGCAGCGUCUCGUCUACGAGCACUUCCAGGCGCUGCCCCCAGUGCAUCUCCCCGCAGCGACUUCCGCGCGUGAUCCCGCGACGGCGGUGAGCGCAGAAAUGGGUUCAGAUCCCCGAGGGGGAGCAGGAGGAGAGGGAAGAGGUUCAGCGAAGCUAGAGCCGGUUGAAGCGGGACCCGAGGCCGAGAACCCGGCGACGAGAGUUGCCGAGGUGCUCGACGCAAAGCAGCUUGCGGCCGAUGUCGCCGAUGGCGAGAAAGAUCCUCGCGAGGAGGGAGACCCUCGCGACGAGGAAGAGCUGCAGAUGCGGCUGCAGCGUUUCAGCGAGGAGGUGGCCCACGCGGAGGACAGCCAUAGGCUGGAGAGCACGGACAGAGUGGAAGAGACUUCGAGAGCAGCAUCGAAGGAAGGCGGAUACUACGUCUUACGAGUCAGCGGCCUGGUCAUCGAGUCGUACUUCUUCUCAGCCGACCACCAGAUCACUUCAGUGCCGACGUUCUACCCCGUUUCAGAGCCUGUCACUGGGUUCGGCCCUUUCGUAUCGUACGCGGAGUACGGGGCACAGUUCAUGAAAACCUACACAGACUUCCAGCCGCCGUUCCCUUCUCUCUCUCCCGUGGGUGACGACGCGGACUUGGUCGGCGCGUGGAGCGGCAGCAAGGUCUUGCCGAGCGAGGCCAGAGAGUAUGACACGCUUUCGCGGUUUCAGCCGACCAGAGCCCUCCCGCUGGAUGUGGCGAUAAAGAAAGCAGAGAAGCGGGCGAAGCGCGCAGGUCAGAGAGGCGCUGCAUCGUCUACCGAGACGGUGGAGUCGGGGAGUCCAGAAGACCAGGCAGACGAGCAGGACCUACGUGUGCCGGCUGAGGACGGCCUUGCUUUGCUCAUACAUGUGCAACAGGAGACUCGAGGCGAGGGCGAGAGCAAGCCUGAGGAAGGGGAGAUGAACAGAGAAAAGGGGAACGGAGUCUACGGCGGCUUCAACCCGUUUGUGUGCUGCCUCAAUCAGUCCAGCACUCAGCUGUCCGAGUGGUGCGUCGCUCCUCAGAGGAACGUUUUCGCAGACGGCGGCGACGAGGGCGCAGAGCGAGACCGGGAAACGAUACACACGCCCUCUUCUCCGCCUGAGGUCUCCUUGCCGACGUUGAACUCGGUUGAGACGCAGGUCUCAGCGACAGCGGGGCGGAAGCUCGAAACACCGGGCUUCAACAGUGACAACGAAGAAACGCUGGCGUCAAGCCGAGUCGAAGAAUCUGGUCAGAAGAGUGGAACGACGCCGGGCACCCGCUCUGAGAGCGCAGCUCUGUUUCCAACGGCCGUGGGAAAGCGAAAGGUCUUGGUGGUCUACCUCGGACCGCGAACAGAUGGGCUACCCCUGCGCUACCAAGCGGGGAAUGGGGGCGAGUUGCGGCGUCUUCAGUUGACCCAGAGCAGCGUCGAGACGCUUGUCCAGCAUCUGGACGGCGUCUGCACUGCCGACUUCUCUCGCAAGACGGAAACAAAGGGCGACAGAAAACAGAGCACGAAGAAGCAAGCGGACGCGCAGAAGCGAGCGCCUCAGAUGCCCAGCUGCACAGCGCUCGACUCGUUCGUCCACGCUCCUCUCGGGAGCCGGUUUUGGAAGCAACUCAUGACGCUAAAACACGAGAUGUACGUUUCCAACGCGUCCAAGUGGGCCACGUCCUACAACCGGAGACUGAUGGACAAGCACCAAAUCGACGUCGAGACCGCUUUCGCUCAAGAACUCCCACCACUCUUUCUUCCUCUAAGCUCCUUUUUCCAGGAAAAUGUCUUGCUGAUUCGCAUCCACGUUGCGGCCUGUCCCUCGCGUCGACGGGGCAGCAACGAGUUCGCUGUGCCCCCUGUCUCCGUUCUCGAGCGCGCCGUGUAUUUGAUUGGGUAUCCAGCGGCUGGUCUAGCGGCGGUGGCAGCCUACAGUUACGCGACGAGGACGCAGUCAAAACUCACGCGCCUGAAAGAGACUGCAAAGGCGGCGGCAGCCGAGGCCUUCCCGCACUACCAACCAGUUAUGUCCGCCAUGCAAACAGCGACAGCAGAAGCAGGCUUGUGGGGUCGAACGUCCGGCGCGGGUGAGGCGUCGAGAUGGAUCGCCAACGUGCAUGUGAAGUUCGGGAAGUCCUCGACGUCCUCGAUCGAUCUCCUCGAUGCCUCCCUGCGGAGCAGCCACAGCGACGUCGGCAACCCAGAGUCGCGUGGCGGCAGAGAGCAGUUCUGGAAGGUGCAUGUCCACGGCGAAGAAAAGAGGCGAAAGCAGCAAAAUGGAGGCAACGAGGACCCCUUCUACAUCAAGGGCGUACAGGCAGGCGAGGCGGAGGCGGCCGUCGAGUGUGCAACCAUGCCCAGCAUUGUGACUCGCGUCGGGUCGCUGAUGGAGACGCGAGUCAUUCCAAGGCUGUACGCCAGUGAACUGCGAGGGCGCAAAAUCCUCGUGACGCUUUCCAGUGACCAAACUCCGUUCUUGGGCGAGCGUUUCUUCGCUGGGGACCGGAUGGAAGAGGCGUGGAAGCAGGUGAAUCUCAUGCCCACGAGAAACCACGUGGCGGAAAAGAAGAAACUCAAAGUCAAAAGGACGACCAGCAAGAAGACAGACCCUGCCGCCGCUGCCAACCUCUCGGUGAAGAAAACUGUAGAGGUCCUAGACGCAGAGAAACGCCGCCCAAAGGUACUCGAAAUGCCGAACCUGCUCGUUGAGAAUGCACUUGAGGGAACGCCACACACACGCCACCGCUCUGAGGAAGGCAAAUGGACACCGCCGGAGCCGAACGCGCUGCCGCUCUACAACGACCACUCGCUGUCGUCGAACGAAGAGGAAGUGGCGCCGAAGGAGCAGGAUCCAGGGGUGUCCAAGGCCCCAGAGUCAAGAGCGCCAGAAACCCCAGAGGCAAUCCUGCCUGAAGAGCGGAUGCCAUUCGGGCGUACGGUCCAGGAAUCAGUGAAACGAGAAGGACAGGAUUUAACGACACCAAAAGGACAGGCAUUAAUGACAUCCGAAGGACCAGAUCUGAUGACGCCCGAAGGCCAGGAAUUAAUGACACGAGAAGGAUGGGUAUUAGAGGCACCCGAAGAACGAGAAUCAAUGACAUCCGAUGGACAAGAAUCAGUAGCACCAUAUGGACACGAAUCAGUGGCACUAGAUGCAGAAGAAUCCGUGGCACCAGAGGAACACGAAUCCGUGACACCGAAGCACUCGGAGGCACUGACGUUUGAGCGUCAGAAGGAAAUAAUACCUGAGGCGGACGAAUCCGUGAGACCGCAGCACUCGGAGCCUCUGACGUUUGAGCGUCAGAAGGGCAUGAUGCCUCAGGCACACGAAUCCGUGACACCGAAGAACUCGGAGGCACUGACGUUUGCGCGUCACAAGGACAUGAUGUCUGAGGAGGACGAAUCCGUGAGACCGAAGCACUCUGAGCCUCUGAUGUUUGCGCGUCACAAGGACAUGAUGUCUGAGGAGGACGAAUCCGUGAGACCGAAGCACUCUGAGCCUCUGAUGUUUGCGCGUCACAAGGACAUGAUGUCUGAGGAGGACGAAUCCGUGAGACCGAAGCACUCUGAGCCUCUCAUGUUUGCGCGUCACAAGGACAUGAUGUCUGAGGAGGACGAAUCCGUGAGACCGAAGCACUCUGAGCCUCUGAUGUUUGCGCGUCACAAGGACAUGAUGCUUGAGGAGGACGAAUCCGUGACACCGAAGCACUCGGAACCUCUGAUGUUUGCGCGUCAGAAGGACAUGAUGCCUGAGGAGGACGAAUCCGUAACACCGAUGCACUCGGAGGCAAUGAUGUUUACCCGCCAGAAGGAAAUGAUGCCCGAGGACGAAGAGACACCGACACCCGAUGUUGAGGAUCCAGCUUCGCUGGAUGACUACACGCUGAUGAAAAACACGCGUGAGCUGAUGAACCUCGGUUACGAUGGCUUCGCAUCAGCUGAAGAGAUGGUGACACCCGAGUACGAGGAGCUCGGGUUAUUUGAUGUUGUAUGAGUUCUAGUUCUCGGUGACGGGGAAAACGCUCCUGUUCGUGGACUUGAUGUAUUCGGAGUGCAAAUUGGCGAGCAUAUGGACUAAAAGGAGAAACAAAGAUAAGUCAACCGAUAGGACUGUGAGCCGUGGCCACUGAGAGAAAUGAUAAACAGAAAUAGCAGAGGCAGGCGGCGAUGCCGGUUUCGGAGCAGCCCGCUUGCCAGCCUCUUUCGUCGUGAAAAACUGUGGCAAUUUUGUGGGGAAAAUUAAAUGCGUUACCGCUUUUGGAGAGUCAUUCACGAUUGCAGAAACCACAAAAUACUUUCGUUGGCUCCCGGGCGAGGGAAGUGGCACUAGAGUUGCGGGCUAGCAGGAAGGAAGAGAUCGCGAGCCAGCGGAGCCAGAACAGGGAAGAAGGGCAGUGUCUCACAAUGAAGAGUUGUGAUGUUGAGGAGUGACAUGUUUUCGAGGGGAAAGUUGAGGCUAGAAGACUGAUAUGGCAAGUGCGUGAGCCAUGAUGCUGCCUUUUCUCUUCUGUCCAUAAAUAAAAAAUUUUUUUAAUUAUGAGCUUGCCCCAGGCCGCAAACGAGACUGCGUGAAUCGCCAACGGGGAAGCCGUGCCUGUCAGAUUCGUCGAGAGGGUGCUCCUUGACAGUUUCCAUCGAAGUUGUAACAGGGAAGAGGCAACGGUCAGUGUCCUUUAAAGGGUGGAGAAAUGUGAGGUCUUUCUGUUUGAUCUUGUUAAUGACGUAGAGAGACUGGAGAGAGAAGAAGCAAGCCGCGAGACAGCUCUCACCAUCGUAUUCGUUCCGUGUUCGUGUACGAUGGUUUCGUGCACUCCUGUAUUCGUGCUUGUAUAGAGACUCUGCUGUUCCUUUUUAAAGAAUAUGUAGCUUGCACAGAGCCGAACGUCGAAAUAAACGACAGCAUGAAGGGGUGUGGUUGUAGACGGUGGACCAUACAUCGGCGUGAGGCGCGCUCUUUGGCAUUUUGGGACGUCCUGAACGUGUCGCGUGCAAUGUUUCCUCAUGUGAUGGUUCUAGCCGGACAUCAGAGACGCGUGUGCGUUCGCUCCCCACCUCUACAUCGAGAAGUAUUCGAUCUCAGGUUUAAAGAACGCUUCAAGGUGUACCACCAGAUGUUCGUUGGACCCAAGCAAAGUGGCAGAUCUUGCCAAAAUGUUGAGGCUAGGGUUCUCUUGUUUUGGAGGACGGUGGCCAAGCUGCUCGAACCUCCACAGAGUUUUUCGCUGAAAAGCCGAAACUCCUUUUUCAUUCCUUCCUGAAAUUUCCAGCCGCUGCCCCUUCUUCUCGUGGCAACUUUCUGUGCUCUGAAGUGGAGAAUGCCAAACCGCACCUGUUGAUCACCACCUCGAAAUGUGAAAUAUUCCCUCUUCAUUUGCGCUUCUUUGCCGUGAAAUGAAAACAUGCUGCUUUCAGCGACACCCGCAUACGUCGAAGUGAAUGAAUUUGGUGUAGUGAGCAGCGCGAUCCGGCACCUCUCUAACCGCUUGAGGACUCGACUGCGUGCAGCCAAUCCAAUACGUCUUUUAUUAAGCGGCUGGACGACGGAUUUGUUGUAUACCAUUAGCUUCCGAGAGAAGAUUGCACGAUUUGCAGAAACAAGAAACAAUACACCGUGAUCUGUGGAAAGUGUGUACGCUUGUGUCGCGCCCACAGCUCCUAUACGUGAGCUUCCGUGGAAGCACCGGGAAGCCGUGAUAAACAAAGGAACUGACGAGAGAGAGGGGGAAGAAUACUAGCCAAAUGACUAUGAUAUUGGUACAGCUUGUCUGCACGUGACGGUAGUGUUUUCGGAACGCCAUCAUUUGUACACAGCCAACUCUGUUCUCUUGCACUGCCACAUAGAAACUGCGGAGAUGCCUUAGCGGUCGUCAUUCAUCAGCCCUUCUGCCGCAGCUGAGAUAACUCGGCCGACACCAUGACCUACACAUGGGCGUGCGGCGUUUUAAUUCCAGAAUUUUUUUACAACUGUCAUGUGCAGAAUCCUUAAGAUGACGCUAAAUCCUGGUACAUGCGUAGAUAAGACGCCUGAUCCUACCGACAGACGGUUUUACCGAUCUCGCAUGUGUCACGAGGGCGGGCUGCCG